ACUGAAAACUCUGCCGUCUUUGGCUUGCUGUUAGGCUAAUCUCACCGAGUUGCCUCCUAGCCCAGUGUCCCCACUGGAGGUUGUAGGCCACAGCUGCCGCCAUUUCUUCAGUGACUUGAACUGCACCUUGCCAGAACUGAGCCCGAAAUGUGUGUCAGAAUUCGAGGCACCUGCCAGUGAAUUAUCAUACAGGACAGACAUUACUGGUGAAACAGCAUGCAACCAAGACAAGGCCUACAUCAGAGAGGUCCUUGUUGCCGCUGGCUUAUACGACGACGGGUCAUCGGACAACAAGGCCAAUGCCAGGGUGGACUCCAUGGCCAGACCGAUCUGCGACGGCAUCUUUGAGGAGGUGGAGGACAUCUACUACUACCGCGGCAAGUAUUGCGAUGAUGCCAUCGGCACGUACAACGACGCUGGAGGAAAUGCAACGGAUCACAGGAUGCUGUUCGACCUUGCCAACGAAGCAUUGCAGAGCUUGGUGCAGGGUGCGAAGACCGGUUCCUCGCUGCGGCAGUGGAUCAUUGACAGUACUGGUGUGUCGCGAGGGAGGAGGCUGGUGGAUGAUGUGUGGCAGCAGGUGCAAACACUGAGGAACCCCCAGAUGCAGGAAAUGCAGACAAUAGAUAGCAUGGUGGCAUAUGAAAUCCGGAAAUCUGUGUGGGCUGAUGCUUUGUACGAGGAUGUUUAUGUUGUUGGGAGGAAGAUUGAACGUGCCAUCUUUGAUGAACUGGUUGAAGACCUCAUGGUAGAGGUUUUCAUCUGAUAAAUCCGGGCAGAUGCUUUCAUCGAUAAGUGACUUGAGCUGCAAAGUUUCAGUUUCAAAAUAAGAGCAUCAACAAUGCACAAGUUGCAUGUCUUGUUGAAAUAAAUUCUCCACUUUGCUAUUGGAUAGGCUUUGAUUGUCUUUGUGUGUACCCUUUACCUUCAGAAUUGUUUAAUUUCUUUUUGAACAAACAGGACGGUGCAAGUUUUUAUUGAUGUAGCGGAAAAAAAUACAAGACUAUAAUCCUGAAAGGUCAUAGUUAAAAUUGUUUAAUGAGCAAAUUACUUACAAAUGUU